GAAGAAAAAAAUAUUUCAACUUUCUUCUUAUGAAUAUUCUGCAUUUCCGCAUUGGACUUCCAUGUUCUGCCUUAUUUGAUUUAUUCUUUUUUUCCCAAGGCAAGGGAUUGUCUCAUUCCAAACUUUGAGUAAGAAAAUAAUGGAUAAAUGUGUUAGCUGAAGCGAUGCCUUGGAGUAGAAAUUAACCUUUUUUCAGGGGAAGACAGCGACUUCCCAGGGACUAGUUGGAAAGUAGCUGGGGGUAGAAUGUAUUAUUUAUAUGGAGCUCCUGAAAGAUUAUCAAGUACCAGUUUAUAGAAAUAUUGAAGUCGUCUAAUCAUGGAUGAGAUUUAUGAAGGGAAAAAACGAAGCAAAUCCAUCCGAAGUCUGUCAAAAUCUAUACAAUCACUUGUGGGAUUCAACAAAAAUCUGACUCCCACUUGGGUUGACUCAGUUUCAAGAAUAAUCAAGGACUUGUCCUCUGCCAAACUAGCCGGUGAUUCGCGUAAAAAGGGCCUGGUUUUGGAUAGGGUGGAAAAUGUUGGUCGCAGUGAUGCAGAAACGGAUGCUUCUGUGUUGAAGAUUAGAGAUGAGAUUGCUUGUCUUAAUGCCCAACUAAACCAAUUAAACUUGGAGAAGAGACAGGCAUUGAAUGACUUUUUAGAUUUAAAAGGGAACAUCCGUGUCUUCUGCCGUACAAGGCCAUUUCUUCCUAGAGAAAAUGGUGGUUAUGAGAGAUCUGUGCUAACAUCGGAUUCAACUAAUGUUUUCUUAAGAAUUGCAGAGAAUAAGAGUAAACAAUACAGUUUUGAUAAGGUUUUCCACCAACAGUCUACACAAGAAGAAGUCUUUUCUGAAAUUGAGCCAGUGAUCAAAUCUGCGUUGGAUGGCUAUAAUGUUUGCAUCUUUGCUUACGGGCAGACAGGCACUGGUAAAACUUACACUAUGGAGGGCAGGCCAGAUAAUCCAGGUGCCGUGCCACGUGGUAUUGAGAAACUAUUUGAACAAGCAUCAGAAAGCAACUUUAGAUUCCUGUUCAGUUUCAGUAUGCUUGAGAUUUAUAUGGGCAAUUUAAGAGAUUUGCUUGUUCCCAGAAGCAAAAGGCUGAGGGUUCAUAAAGCGCCAAGCCUUUCGAUCCAAACGAGCCCAGAUGGUGGUAUCGAGAUUGAGAAGCUAGUAGCAAUCAAAGUGAGUAACUAUGAGCAAGUAAAAAGAUUAUAUGAGCUGGGAAGUCGGUUCAGAUCCACAGCUUCUACCCAGGCUAAUUCCACAUCAAGCAGAUCUCACUGCCUGACCCGCAUAACAUUAACUUCACUCGGUGUACCUGAGAGACGAAGGGAAACAAAUAAGAUUUGGAUGGUUGAUCUAGGUGGAAGUGAACGCCUGUUAAAGACAAAAGCAAGUGGAAGAAGGCUCGAAGAGGGAAAAGCCAUCAAUCUAUCACUGUCAGCCCUUGGAGAUGUCAUCAGUGCACUCCAAAGUAAAAAACCUCAUGUGCCUUACAGGAAUAGCAAGCUUACACAAGUGCUUAGAGAUUCCCUUGGUUCUGACUCAAAAACUUUGAUGCUUGUUCACGUCAGUCCCAAAGAAGAAGAUUUAUGUGAAUCUAUUUGUUCCUUAGGCUUUGCUACAAGGGUGAGAAGCAUCCACCUCGAAAGUGAAGAACCAACAGAAGAGAGAGCUAAGAAAGAAGUUGCAAUGUCCGAACUGUUACAAAAGGUGAAACAAUUAGAGAAUGAACAUCAGCAUGUCAGAAGAGAUAUGGAGACUCUCCAUGAGAGACUGAGAAUUUUGACAGGAUCUGAGUCACUAAAUGAUUGCCAUUUGGAAUUUUCAUACUUAUCCACUGAAGAGCUGCAGUCUAAUGGGCCAAUCAAUGCACAAAAUGUCCCAGAUUUUUCAGGAGAUUCAGCUAGCCUGCCUAGAUAUAUGAGGCCAACCAUUUCCAGUCAAAAAAAGACUGAUUUAGAUCACCAGAAUUUUUUAAAUACUAGGAAGAAACCACCAGUUCCCCCAAAGAGGCGGCCUGCCUCUGUUUAUGCUGAAUCCAUAACUUCCCGAGCAAAGGAUGUUGCUUGGCAGUCUGAAUGUGGCUCAGAACAUAGCAUAUCCACAACUAGCUGUAUGAACUGGAGAAAUAGUACAGAUGAUGGAACAGAAUGUAGUCAGGGUGCAUCAGAUUAUGAGAUCAAAAAGGUAAUUUUCCCUGAACAGGAGAAGUCCCCAAGAAGUAUGGUGACUUCUCUUUCCCAGGGAAGUGUCAGUGAGUCGGAAAGUCUUCAGGCCGAAAAGAUUAACGAGAAGAAGCACUUAGUCAUUGACAGUUGGCUUCAUCUACAAAUGAAAGAGCAAAUAAGUGCAUAUACUCAUCAGGGUAAAAGAGUUCUUGCUAAUCCAAUUGAGAAAAGAAGUGACCGAUGCAAUAAACGGAACCUUGAAAGAAAGAAUGACCAGGCAGAAAUGCUAGGUGGUGUUACUACCAGAAAACUAACAGUUAGCAACAAGCAUGUGAAUGAGUUUACAGAUGAGCUUAAAUUGUAUGAUACGACAGAGCUAUUUGGUGAAGCUAUGUCUCCUGAAAAAUCUCUGAAGAACAUGGCAAUGGAUGAAAGAGACAGUUUCUCAGUUGAUUCGUCAUUUGACAUGACACAGACCAAGUACUAUAUGAACAAAGAUUAUGAUCAAACAGCUGAAAAAUUAAAAUUAAGCCCAGAACAUCAAGAAGAAUUUACUGAAAGCACCACUGAAGUUGAGGUUGAUAAUGAAUCUUCUAUAACGCAAGCACAAACUCCUGUAUCCAAAGAAAACACAAUAUCAGUGGAAAGCUAUACUCAAGAAUUUUGUGGGUCUCAAAAAAAGAUGGAAGAUGCUGAGGAACCAUGCUUGUAUUUUAGAAGAGCAAGAAGAACAUUAUUUACAGACAAUGAUCUUCCAACAACUGAUCAUAAGAAUGCAGCAACAGAAAACCCUGCAGUAAAUGGUACCAGCUUCAAAGAUGAAGAAGACUGCACAGGUAACACGGGAAUACAUCAACAAUUUCGACAGACUCUUCAGAUGUUAUGGGCAAGUGCACUUCUAGGGCUGGGAAUUCACAGUCUAGGAUAUGGGCAUGAUUUUUUUCAUGGUUUAAUGUUUUAAAGCAUUUUUUAUGGUUGCAUUUAUUUUUUGUCUUUCCCAACCAGAUGGAUUUAGACCAAAACUGAGCCUCAGACUUGCAACACUGCAGAGGUAACAAGUUGCAGCUCAUCAAAUAUCACCCAUCAUAAUUUCAGAAUACAGCACUAUGCUUUUUUUCAAAAAUAUCAAAUGCAAUACAAAUGUUAAAAUUAUGCUUCAACUAUCUAUUGAGUAUUAUUUAUGCAUUUCAACUCUUUCUCUCUAUCUCUCUCUCUUACACAUGCACACAAACACACUUGCAUGUGCACAUUCACUUAUGCAUGCAUGUAUUUGUGUGAGUUCACACAUAUGUGAUGGCUUGAGUGCUUUGAAAGUGCAUGCAUGUCAAGAACCUACGCUUAAACCAUUAAAAGGUGAUGUGGCAGCACAAGAGAGCCAGGCCUCUUCACAUAUCUGCAAGAACAUGAUACAAUUGGCAAAGCGAAGGUUCAAAAUUCAUCCUCCAGAAUAUCAUGCAAAGGAAUAUAUCAACUUAGACAGCUAAGUAUGACUUCAGGUAUCAAUAUGCAACCACCAGCAGGAGAAAGCUUUCUCAGUGACUAUAGGGUCUUCAGCAGUCACUAGUGGUUCUAUCAAUAUGGAAGAUCAUAUUUUGGCUACGCCAAUGAGGUCUAGAGCUACAUUUUGUGAGGAGAGGAUCUGGUUUCAUUUUGAGAAGAGAUUAACUUUAGCGUUAUAUAUUAUUAUUGUUUUAGCUAAUGUAAAGAGCAAUGUUCAUGCAUGUUUUCUGUUUCUGAGUAAUUAAAUUUACUCAACUACAUCCAUAUGUAUUCCAUGAUUUACUCAAUUUCUUUGUCAAAUAUAUAUUGUUUCUUGU